GUAUCAAUAACAGAAAAUCCCGGCGACGAUGCUCCGCCAAAGCAGAAAGCUAAAAAUAGCGACAAUAGUGAAGCUGGCGAAAAGGAGAAUGAAACGGGAGAUAACCUUUCCUACUACAAUAAAAGAUGGACUGCUGAUGAGAAUAAGAUCUUGAAAGAAUUAUGUAACCGUGGACAGGAAAUCAGAUAG